AUGCAUCAUGGCAGAGAGCUUUAAAACAUUACAACUGUCAAAUACUCACUAAAGUGAGGUUAUAAAUUCUUUGUACCUUUAAAUACUCAUUUUUCAGUUAUCGAACAAAAGAGACAAUGCACGUACAUAACAUGCGUGGAUAUAUUCUAUUUCUUGCAAUCUUCAGUAUAUCUGAAUCCAUCUCGAAUAGUGAUGCUGCAUCCGCACAUAUCCAUACUCAUCAACACAAUAGAGGUGAAGGCAAUGAAAGAACACAAGACGGUGCAUUCAGCCCACAGGUUAUGGACCACUAUGUAGGUGAUGAACAUCAACAGGAGUUUGAUCAUGAGGCAAUUCUUGGAAGCGUCAAAGAUGCAGAAGAAUUUGAUAAACUUCCAGUAGAAGAAUCAAGACGUCGAUUAGGCAUAUUAUUAACAAAAAUGGAUUUAAAUAAUGACAAUUUCAUUGAAAGAAAUGAAUUAAAAGCUUGGAUUUUACGUUCAUUCAGUAUGCUCUCUACCGAAGAAUCACAAGAUCGCUUGGAAGAUGCAGAUAGUGAUGAAGAUGGUAAAGUCAGUUGGGAUGAAAUCUUACAAGAUAUUUAUGGAUCAGAUCCACAAGAUCUUGCUCUUGAUGAUCAACUUAUACAUUAUGAUAAAGAAACAUUUGAUGCAGCAGAUUUAAAUAAAGAUGGUUAUUUAGAUUCAGAAGAAUUUAAGGCAUACACUCAUCCAGAAGAAGUACCUAGAAUGUUUCCACUAUUAUUAAAACAAGUUCUCGAUGAAAAAGAUACUGAUAAAGAUGGUUGUAUCAAUUUUCAAGAAUAUAUUGGAGAAAGAGCUAAAUCUCAGGAUAAAGAGUGGUUGUUAAUUAAAAAAGACAAAUUCGAUCAUGAAUAUGACAAAAAUGGAAAUGGUAAACUUGAAUCUGAUGAGAUUUUAUCAUGGCGUGUACCAAGUAACGAAGAAAUAGCGAACGACGAAGUUGAUCAUUUAUUUGCAGCAUCCGAUGAUGAUCAUGAUAACAGAUUGUCAUUUGAAGAGAUUUUGGAUCAUCAUGAUACGUUUGUAGGUAGUGAAGCAACUGAUUAUGGUGACCAAUUACAAGACAUUGAACGCUUUACUGAUGAACUUUGAAAAAUCUAUUUUAAAUGAUCUUUAGAAUAUUUUUAUUUUUUCUUAAUAGAAAUUACAAACUUGUAAUAUUGAAUACUACUGUUUCAAACUUAUGUUGGUAUCGCCAUUUACACUAUAUUCGAAAUGCAUAAUAGAUUAGUGGAAAAUAUCAAACAUAAAUUUAUAAAUAUCUGCACAAAUACUUUUUUAAUAUUUAUAUGCUUUAGAAACAAAUAAUGUUGCGUAAAUCACCGUCUUCCACUAUCUACAAUUUUAGUGCCAUAAUACAGAAUAAGAAGUCAUUUUCUUCAUUGUAGUUAUCGCUUAGUCAAAGUUACCAUAUAAAUAUCACACAUUAUCAUUAAUAUAAUUAUUUACUGUAUUUCAUAUGUAUAAGCAUAUGUUUAUACCGUUCUAUAUUUAUGUUCCUAUAUUUUGAAAAUAUGAUCAUUAUAAAUUUCAAUUGCAUAUUUACGAAUUAUAUACAAAAUUUAUGCCUUACUUGAGUUAUGGUGUAAUGUACAAAUACUAUCGCUAUGUAAACUGUAUACUAGUAACGUUGUGUAAUUGUUUUAUCACCUAAUAUUCUAAAAUAUUAAAUUGAUUUACAAAAAAAUAUUAAUCAAAAACUAAAAAA